UGUAAUCAGCUGCCCUUUUGGAAACUGGGCAGGGGUUGUGGCCGGAUGCCGGUGUCACUGACUUGUCUUCAGCAUACCAUGCAGAAGUAACAUGUUCCCAGCAUUGGAAACCGAGCUAAAGCAGGAGGCUCUUCCUGAUCCCUAUGAAGACUUUAUGUACCAUCAUCUUCAAUACUAUGGCUACUUUAAAGCUCAGAGAGGCAGUUUACCAAACUCAGCCACGCACCAGCAUGUUUGGAAGAAUAAUCCUCGCUACCUGGUGAGUGGCUCUUUUGGGGAAAGAGAGGAUGUGAUACCAGACCCGCUGCAAAAGGAGAAGCUACUAUGGCCCACCUGUCUAUCUUCAGCGGUGCACAGACAGUUAGAUGCUGUGAGCAGAGAGUGGGUUCCACCUCAACCAGAAUAUUUCUAUCAACCUACAGGAAAUGAGAAGUUACCAGAAAUUGUAGGAGAAGAUAAAGGCACAGUUGUCUAUCAGUUAGAUUCAGUGCCCACUGAAGGUUCCUAUUUCACCAGUUCCAGAGUGGGAGGUAAGCGAGGGAUUAUCAGGGAGCUUGCCGUCACGCUGCAGGGACCCGAGGAUAAUACUCUCCUGUUUGAGUCAAGGUUUGAGAGCGGGAAUCUGCAAAAAGCUGUCAGAGUAGAUACCUAUGAGUAUGAACUCACCUUGCGAACUGACCUCUACACAAACAAACACACUCAGUGGUUUUAUUUUCGUGUUCAGAACACUAGAAAAGAUGCCACCUACCGCUUCACCAUUGUCAACUUGCUCAAACCCAAGAGCCUUUACACUAUAGGGAUGAAGCCACUCAUGUACUCCCAGUUGGAUGCCAGCACCCACAACAUUGGCUGGAGGAGAGAAGGAAAUGAAAUCAGGUACUAUAAGAACAACAGGGACAAUGGACAGCAGCUCUUUUACUGUCUCACGUGGACCAUUCAGUUUCCACACGACCAGGAUACUUGCUUCUUCGCACACUUCUACCCGUAUACAUACACUGACUUACAAUGCUACCUGCUGUCAGUGGUGAACAACCCCGUCCAGUCUCAGUUCUGCAAACUCCGAACUUUAUGCAGGAGCCUAGCAGGAAAUACCGUCUACCUGCUUACCAUCACCAACCCAGCCCGGACCCCGCAGGAGGCGGCUGCCAAGAAAGCUGUGGUCUUGAGCGCCCGAGUCCACCCUGGAGAAAGUAAUGGCUCGUGGAUCAUGAAGGGCUUUUUGGACUUCAUCCUUAGCAACUCCCCAGAUGCCCAGCUCCUCAGAGAUAUCUUUGUCUUCAAAGUGGUUCCUAUGUUAAAUCCAGAUGGAGUGAUCGUGGGGAAUUACCGGUGUUCACUGGCGGGACGGGACUUGAACAGGCAUUAUAAAACCAUUCUGAAGGAGUCUUUCCCUUGCAUCUGGUACACCAGGAACAUGAUCAAAAGGCUUCUGGAAGAAAGGGAGGUUCUCUUGUAUUGUGAUUUCCAUGGCCACAGCCGCAAGAAUAAUAUCUUCUUGUACGGCUGCGGCAGCAGCGAUCGCAAGCACUGGCUUCAUGAGCGAGUCUUUCCUUUAAUGUUAAGCAAAAAUGCACCGGAUAAGUUCUCUUUUCAUAGUUGUAACUUUAAGGUGCAAAAGUGCAAGGAAGGAACAGGCCGAGUUGUGAUGUGGCGCAUGGGGAUCCUCAACAGCUACACCAUGGAGUCUACCUUUGGGGGGUCCACCUUGGGCAAUAAAAGAGAUACUCACUUUACCACUGAGGAUCUGAAGUCUCUAGGUUACCAUGUUUGUGACACCCUUCUGGAUUUCUGUGAUCCUGACCGAACCAAGUUCAUGCAGUGUUUAGCAGAGCUUAAAGAGCUCUUACAACAGGAGAUCCAUAAGAAAUUCAAUGAACUUGGACAAGAUAUGGAUUUAGAAGGAAGUUGGAGUGACAUCUCUUUGUCUGACAUUGAAUCCAGCACCAGUGGUUCUGACAGUUCCCUCUCAGACGGUCUCCCUCUUCACCUACUGAACAUAGCACAUGAGGUGAAUCAAAAGAAGAAGAUGUAUAAGAAGAAAAAAAAGAAGCCACUUCAGACGAGGAAACAGCGAAAUGAACAGUAUCAGAAAAAUAAUUUGAUGAGGGAGUUAAAGUUAACGGAAGAUGUCCCGGAAAGGGCAGGGUUUGCUUCUACUCUGCAAAAACAGCCUACCUUUUUCAGAAAUUCAGAGAAUGCCAGUUCUUCCACGAUGCGAAAUGACAAACCAAGGUUGAAUGAGGUAGUACUACGUGGGAGAGACAAGGGCACCUCCCUGGACCCAUCAAAAAUGGCCUCCUUGAUCCUGACGAAGAAUAAAGAGAGAAUGCAGACAGAGAAGCCAGGAUUCACAGUGUCAUGCUCUCCAAAGAGAAGCACAAAUCCCAGCCAAGAGCCGGUUCCAGAUAGGAAGCCAAACUGGUCCAGGAACAGAUAUCCUGCCACAAAGAGAGGCCGCGCCACCAUGACAGUGUACCCAUCCUUGCACAUAUACACAUACCCAUAG